AUGGUAUCAGAAGUGCGGCACCGCACUACAUCAGCUCCCGUCUAUCCCUUUCAAACCCCUCUGUUUUUCUACCCUUCAUCUUAUGGAGAACAUAAAUAUGGCAUUCCUACACUGCGUUCAUUCUGCAAUUCUCCCGUUUUCUUCUCAGAUUAUUGGGAGGUUUUGAAGGAAAUCCAAGAAAUAUGCAGGAAUUCGACGGCAAUAGGCUCCGCGUCUUUAAAGUAUACGCAGACAAAUGCUGAUACUUUUGGUGGGAAUUUCAGUUUUGAGAAUAGAUUUUCUUAUUUCGAUCAUCGUGAGGAUGGAAGAGAAAUCCCGUGUGGAUUCUUCAAACGUUUUCCAAUCAGUAAUUCUGAUCAAACUGCAAUGGAAAAAUGCGACGGUUUGGUGGUAGUUUCAGCUAUAUUCAACGACCACGACAAAAUCCGGCAGCCAAAAGGCUUAGGAUCCAAAACCCUUGAUUGUGUAUGUUUUUUCAUGUUUGUGGAUGAUGUUACUCUCAAGGGAUUAAACCAUUACAAUUUAAUUUCAAGCAAAUCCAAGGAGUAUAAGAUUGGUGCAUGGAGAGUCAUUAAAGUUUCGAGCAAGCUUUUGUACGAGAAUGCUGCAAUGAAUGGAGCCAUACCCAAGUAUUUAAUCCAUAGGCUUUUUCCUAACUCAAGGCAUCCAUUUUAUAUUCAUACCAUGGAGGAGGCAAUGGCAACUGCUAGAUGGAAGAAAUGGUUGGAUGUGGAUGCAUUGAAGAUGCAAAUGGAGACAUACUGUGAACAUGGCUUGCAACCAUGGACGCCAACGAAGUCAUAUCCUACAGAUGUGCCGGAUAGUGCUUUAAUCUUAAGGAAGCAUAGUAUGGUCACGAAUCUCUUCUCCUGCCUUUUAUUCAAUGAAUUGGAAGCGUUUAACCCAAGGGAUCAACUGCCCUUUGCAUUUGUGAGAGACCAUAUGAGUCCAGGGAUGAAUUUGAACAUGUUCGAUGUUGAAGUUUUUGAACAAGUGGCAGUGGAAUAUAGGCAUAAUCUUAAACCUGGUGGGGCCAAUGUGGGGCCCAAGGUUAAGAAGGCAAAUUCUGAUUUGUUAGCCAAUGGUAGUUUUAGCAAAUGUGAGAAGUAUCUUUCAAAUAUGUGGGGGUGA